GGCUCUCUAUCUCUCGGUGAAGUGCAAUUCGUGACCACCAUUCGCAUUCCCUUUUCGCAGCUGACAAAGCCACCAGCAAGCGCGUAUUUUACCCAUGACCUCGCCUCUAAAAUUGAACUUGUGCCUUCGUUGUUGGAGUGUUUUAGGCGAAUAUGUAUAUUGUACAUUAUAUAUGGAAAUUUUUAUUGGAAAAAUGUUAUUUAGCGGGAUUUUCUCUCAUGAUGCGGGAGCUGGUCGGUUGCGGCAGGGAUUGCGCUCGAAGGCGUUAGAUUCUUGAGAUUUGAGUGAGUGUCUCUUGUCGGUGUAUAUAAUACGCGGAGCACCCAUCAAAGCUCGAGCAGCGGGUUCUAUGAGUUUGUGAGGAGUGAAUGGGCAUAUAGUGGGAAUAGUUUGGUGCUGGUUGUGAGGUUGUUGACCUGCCGACAGUGUACAUAAAACUCCCAUCUCCUAGGGCAACAACAACUGCAGCAGAACCCCGACACAGAUGGGCCUCUGCCGGCUGUGUCAAUGCAGCACCGAAAUACCAUUAGAGGGGGUCUAUUUUGGAUGAUUUCUAAGACACCCGGCGAGCCCCCAGAGAGGCAACCGAGUGUACAGAGAAACAACCAGAAAUAAAUCCAAGGUUAUCGCAACAGUAAGAGCGAGCGUGGUUGUGUGCAAAAUUGCCAAAGAAAAUCCUUUUCAAAUAAUUAAAUCCCUUCAAUCUCUUUUAUUCGUGAACAUCGUGAAAAAUAAUAUUGUGCUAAAUAUAAUGGCAGUGUAUGGAAUUUUCCUUCUAAUUACGCUUUUUUCGGCUUCCGGCAUGGUGAGAGCAUCAGGGGUUGGUGGUGAGGUGGCCCUCGAGGAUGUCUGGGGUGGUGAUGAAAGUGUCGAAGACCCAUGGCCGCCCGGUAAUUUCCUCCAGGAGCACGAAAUCCGCGACACGGGUGAAAAGAGGAGCGCCCUGCGGGCCACGAUGGCGCGUCGUUCGCAGAAAAGCAAAGAGGAACAAUUUAUACCCUCAAUAAGUGUCGGUGCUCUCACCAAUUUACGUGGCUUCUUUGACAACCUCAAGUACAAUCUGGAGAGUUUGGAGUCAAAAGCACUAACCCCGAAUCAAGUGAGAUUCCUCACCUCGUCCAAUACACCACCUGAGAAUUUUAAAUACGAAUAUGUUGAGGAAAACCAAAUCAAACCAACAGGAACAGCAGCUUUUCUCCACGCCAUCAGACACCAUCGCCCAUCAAAUCGCAUCCGUACGUUGGUCCCAAUGAAUGCGGAGCCCUACCGAAAUCCAGCACUCUACUAUGCAGGCAGGAAGUAAGACAGGAAGCAACGUAUACAAUGAAUGUUGAGAAAGGGCCAAGAAAACUUCCUCUUUGUGUUGUUUUUCCGACUAAUGCAAUAAUUAUUAUGUUCUUCUACACAAUCUUCAAUGGGAAUUAAUGGUCAUUCAAAUAAAUUUAUGUGUGUUCAUUGCAAGAAA